AUGAAUAACUCAACAAACUCCUCUAACAAUGUGGCUCUGACCAGUCCUUAUAAGACAUUUGAAGUGGUUUUUAUUGUCCUUGUGGCUGGGUCCCUCAGUUUGGUGACCAUUAUUGGGAACAUCCUGGUCAUGGUCUCCAUUAAAGUCAAUCGCCACCUCCAGACCGUCAACAAUUACUUUUUGUUCAGCUUGGCCUGUGCUGACCUCAUCAUUGGUGUUUUCUCCAUGAACUUGUAUACCCUUUACACUGUGAUUGGCUACUGGCCUUUGGGACCUGUGGUGUGUGACCUUUGGCUUGCCCUGGACUACGUGGUCAGCAAUGCCUCAGUAAUGAAUCUGCUCAUCAUCAGCUUCGACAGAUACUUCUGCGUCACGAAACCACUCACUUAUCCCGUCAAGCGGACCACAAAAAUGGCAGGUAUGAUGAUCGCAGCUGCCUGGGUCCUCUCCUUUAUCCUCUGGGCUCCAGCCAUUCUCUUCUGGCAGUUCAUCGUAGGGGUGAGAACUGUGGAGGAUGGGGAAUGCUACAUCCAGUUUUUUUCCAAUGCGGCUGUCACCUUUGGCACGGCCAUUGCAGCCUUCUAUUUGCCUGUGAUCAUCAUGACUGUGUUAUACUGGCACAUAUCCCGCGCCAGUAAGAGUAGGAUCAAGAAGGACAAGAAGGAGCCUGUGGCCAACCAAGAUCCAGUUUCUCCAAGUCUGGUUCAAGGAAGGAUAGUGAAGCCAAACAACAACAACAUGCCUGGGAGUGAUGAUGGCUUGGAGCACAACAAAAUCCAGAAUGGCAAAACUCCUAGAGAUGCUGUAACUGAAAACUGUGUCCAGGGGGAGGAGAAAGAGAGCUCCAAUGAUUCCACCUCAGUCAGUGCUGUUGCCUCUAAUAUGAGAGAUGAUGAAAUAACCCAGGACGAAAACACAGUUUCCACUUCUGUGGGCCAUUCCAAAGAUGAGAACUCAAAGCAAACGUGCAUCAAAAUUGUCACCAAGACCCCAAAAGGUGACUCAUGUACCCCAACUAAUACCGCCGUGGAGCUAGUUGGUUCUUCCGGUCAGAAUGGAGAUGAAAAACAGAACAUCGUUGCUCGCAAGAUUGUGAAAAUGACUAAGCAGCCUGCCAAAAAGAAGCCUCCUCCCUCCCGGGAAAAGAAGGUGACCAGGACGAUCUUGGCUAUUCUGUUGGCUUUCAUCAUCACUUGGGCCCCAUACAAUGUCAUGGUGCUCAUUAACACCUUUUGUGCACCCUGCAUCCCCAACACAGUGUGGACAAUUGGUUAUUGGCUCUGUUACAUCAAUAGCACUAUCAACCCUGCCUGCUAUGCCCUUUGUAAUGCCACCUUCAAGAAGACCUUUAAACACCUUCUCAUGUGUCAUUAUAAGAACAUAGGCGCUACAAGGUAA